AUGUUUCUGCCAGGUGACCUGGCAGAUCCGAAGUCUGGCACGCAUGUUGUGGAUUACUUUGUGGCAUUGGACCGUGUGGCAUGGGUGCAGAGCAUGCAAGAUCUCCGUGGCCGUCUGCAGACACUGGGCUGGAUGCAAGAGCCCGAGGUCACGCAUGUGCCACAGCCAACUGCAGCUGUGGAUUUCAUGGCCAACAUCACAAUGCUGAACUUGAAUCUUAUGCGUGGCAAGCCGAAGGUUGUGAAUGUCAUUGAGACGGUUCGUAAUUUUCUUGACCAGAAAUUCGAAUCCUUGCGAAGCCCCCUGGUUGUGGUCCCGGACACAGGACUGGGGCAGCCAGUUGCCACUGGGACAUGGACUGUCUCAGUUGGCAUGACCAGAGCACUUGCUUGCCGCCUCGUCUGCAGUCUUGCAGAGCAGCACCUUGCAGACGAGGAGUUGCAGUUGCUGAGGGCAGAAGUUUCUGCCUGUUUUCAGUUCAAGUGUGUCAUGGAGGUGCCGGUGCCGCCAGAGGAACUUGUGGCCAAGAGCAUCCGAGCCAAAUUCGUGGUCUCGGAGUCGACAAGGCCAGACAUUCUUCAGUUGUACUCCGGGCUACAGGCCAGCUUCGCGACCCAAGGAUUGGUGUAUCAAGAUGCCAUUGCGGCAUUUGUGGCCGAUUUCAAUGCCAAGAGCAGUGUGGAAACUGCACGCCUCAGCGAAGGCGAAGUGAAGAUGCUUCUGUUGCUGCCAAGCCAAGAGGCGCUGUUCUUGGAGGCACUCUCUGGCCACUGGGACCAGUUUAAGAAGGAGGACUCGGGAAUCACGAUGCGCGUUCUGCUCAGCCAGGUCAGCAGGACGAAGGCGAAAGAUUCGCGAGUCCCACUCGUCUGGCAAACAAUCUUUGCUCCCAGCGCCAGGAAGAACACGUACUUCAUCCUUCGGCAGAUAGCUGUCUUUGUGAAAGCUGUGCAGCAGGCCAGCAGCACCCUGAGGAAGGGCCAGAGCCUGAAUCUGCCGGUACGCGCAGCACGCUUUCGUGACCAGAGCCCAGACCUUGGCUAUGACAUUGUCUGCUGCUGGGCGCACUGGGAGCAGGACUUCCGGACGGCCUUGGGAGGCAAGUACGAUGAGACCUUCAACAAGUUCCUUGCCGGAGCCUUUGACAAGGAGUUCACUGAGAAGGUGAAGACUCAGGACGGGGGCCUUGUCCUGGAGGAUUGGCGUUUCCUCAGUAUCUUGCAGGGAACGGACACAACGGUGCGGAGCUUGGAGGUGAAACAAGCUGAAGCUGAUCAAGCAGCUGAGCGUGCAAAGUAUGCCGCGUGGGAGGCCGCUGUCCUGAAAGAGCAGCAGCUCUUUCAGGAGUACUGUGGGAAAGUGAGGGCACAUGAAGCAAAGAGGCAAGCCGACGAGCGGGCCUUCAGGCUGGAGGAUGCGGCAUGUUUUGACAAGGCCUGUGCGCAGUACAUGGAAGCCUGGGUGCCAGUGCUUGGUCCCAUUGCUCCAGAGUUUGUCAAUGCGCAGUCCCGCAAGCUCCUCAAUGAGUUUGCUGUGAGGCAAGGCGUCCAGCCCGAUGGUGUGGUCAGCCUGCUUCUUGCUGAUCUCACGAAAUUGGGGUCGGCAUUCUCCAAGCAUCUCACAAAUGUCACCAAAUUCGUGGCGGACCACGUGCAAGCGGACCCCCUCAAUGCAGCAGCUUUGGUGUUUCCACCAAACACGGGCUGUUGGGGCUCCACCUUCAACGAAGCGGAGGUCGAGAAGGCGAUUGGCGACGUGGAGUCCGCUCUCAAGAUGGAGCAGGGAUCUCUUGUGGUUCGCAAGAUCACCUUGACCCUGGCUGAGUCUUGCCUGGCCGCCCAGAGCAGACGUUGUGGAUUUCAUGAAGCUUUCUUCUGUAUCAGCAGUGUGAAAGGUGCAGAAGGGGAACUGUUGAGUCACUGGGUGAAGUCUGUGACGUACUACCGCCGCACCAUCCCUGAUGUGCCAGUGGCAGCCCAUGCGGACUACGUAGUCCCAGACCUCUCCGCCAUCAAUGGGUGCACGUCCAUUUCGCAAAGGCUUAAACAAGCCUUGAGUGGGGAAGCCUUCUACCUCAAGGUCCUCUCCAAGCUCCGAACAGGGUUGCCGCCGAAGGAAGCCAAGCUACUUCCGAAGUUGUUCACUUGGGAGUUCCAGUUGCUGUGUUUGGGCUCGCACUGCUUCAGUGUGUCGCAGAACGAUAUAGGAAGUGGUGCUGUGAAAGACCUUUCCCUCAUCAAGGCUCGGACGUUGUCUUCCCUGGAGCCGCAUGCCAACCCCACCAUGGUUGCUUCCUUGAUCUGGGCAAGGGACGACAGCGGCGCAGACCGCCGUGUGCAGCUUCUUGAGUGGCUGAAUGCAAAGUUCAAGCGAACGCUGCAAGACUUGGUCAAGGAGCGGCCAGAUAUCCUUGAGGAGUAUGGCUACAAGCCCAACACACUUGAGGUGACCAGCCUGCCCUCGUACAAGGACGCAGACUUCAUUUGGACGAUUCCUGUGGUUGAGGCAGGGAAGCAUUUCCUUCCAAUGAGGGCUGACAAGCUUCAGGACUUCAAGAUGUCUUUGAAUGUCUGCCAAGAGAUGAUGGCUGCAGCUGUUGUGCAGCACAACCAGAAGUUCAAUCCAGCUGGCCACGCGUGGACUCCCGCCAAGAAGCGGACAGCUGAGAUUGCUGAGCUCGACCAGGGAGAGGCAUUGAACCUCUCCCCAUCUGGCAAGGUCGAGGACCUGCCCCAACCGGUUAUCACCAUCCUGCCAGAUGGGGCCACCACCUUCAAAAUCUUGCUGGACAACAAGCGACAGGUCUGGCUGCAAGCCACAAGUGACGGUGAGGUGUCCGUCUAUCAGCCCCUCAUGUUGGCGUGGGGCUCCUAUGUUACCGGAGCUGAUGUGGAAGCUCGUGAGAAGGCGAAGGCUUCCUUGCUCUCCAUGGCGUUCCAGUCCGCAAGUGAUGGCAGGGCAUUCUGCUUCCAUGAGGACCUGGAAAAAUUGAAGCCUCCAUUUGUGGGCAAGUGCUGCAGCAUCAAGGAGUUCCUCGAGUACUUGGAAGGCAAGGGGGUUGUCAAGCCCUUCUUUGUCAGCCACGAGCUCAAAGUCCAAGACGGUGAUCCGAAGUUUGCUCUGCGCAGCACAGAGCCUUGCGCAUUCGAGAAGAAGGAUGUGCCUGCAAACCAGCAGGCAUGCUACCAGAAUGCUUUGAGCAUGAUGGACCUGAAGGCCCUGCAGAGUGAGCAGACUGUCAAUGUUUUUGUUCAGCACCGCCUCAAAUUCUUAGACAACAAACAACAAACAGGCAUCUAUCCUCAAAAGCCGGGGCUAUUCUUAAAGAAACGGCUCCUCAUUGCCAGUGGCCAGUUGUACAGGCUGGUCUAG